AUAUUUUGAAAGAUGUACGACCUUCUUCAGAUCGACGAGAACAACUCACCGACGAUCACGCAGUUUCUUCCAGACAAAGAAUAAUUAUAGUUGAAUUACCGUUCUGAAUAUUUAAAGAAGAUUUCCGGAUCAGAGUGCAAAAUCUUUAUAAACUCUCAAGAUGUCCACGAACCAAUUGAACGUGCUUGUGAGCCUGAUGAUUGCCAUCGCGUUUUUUGUGUCGGAAUCAAGAAACGCACAAACGAACGGCUACCCCAACCAGCAGCCCGCGACCUUGCCCCAGAAAUAUUGUGGCGAAAUGCUCUUAAAUAUUCUGCAUAUAGUCUGUAAUGGCACAUACAAUUCCAUGUAUGAUAAUAGUACGGAUCAAGAAAUGACGACGGCCAAUUAUCAGUUUGAUUCCGACUCUUCCCCGUCCCCAGCAACAGCACAGGAGACGUCGAAUGGAACGUUCGACGAUAGGAAUAAUCGACGAAAACCCGAAGACAUCUAUGAGAAAUGCUGUCGCAAUUCGUGCACGUUAAGCGACCUGUCCAUGUAUUGCGCUUAACUGUAGUCCUUAAGCACUUGUCCGGAAAUCAGUAAUUCUUCGAACUUUGUUUUACCCCUCGAUCAUCAUGCAGCCGAAUAAACCCAGACAUAAGUGCAUAUAUCCAUAUACUCAUACACACAUACACACAUCACACACACACACACA